AUGUCACUCUUUAAGAAGACUUAUGGGUCCAAUAUUAAGUAUCACCAUGCCCGUAGAGGGAAAGAAGCUGUAUUUGAAGAUCAAUAUGGUGACGACGAGAAGUCGUAUAGCAAUUUAAAUUGGGGUACUUUGAUGGCUGCAACAUGUGUCAAUGGAAAUGAUGGUUUUUACCCAUAUGCCUUUGCUAUUGUUUUAUCUGAAAACAAAGACAAUUGGUUUUGGUUUCUGGAUAAUCUUCAACAAGUGGUCGAUGAUCGUCCGAUUGUUUUCCUUAGUGAUCGUCACGAAGAACUUCUGCAGGGCAUUCCAAGAGCAUUUCCUGGUUCAUAUCACAGCUAUUGCUUUUACCACAUCAAGUGCAAUCUCCCUAUUGGAAAAGGUGAUGCGAAUUACAAUGUCGUUAUUGAUUUGUUUUACAAAGCUGCUUACUCUUACACAACAUCGAACUUUGAAGAAGCUUUGUGGGGCAUGCAUGCAAUUGGUUGUGGACAUGUUGCUAAUUAUCUCAGGACCAUUCCAAAGGAGAAAUGGGAAAAUGCAUUUUUCCCCGUAUGUAGAUAUGCUGCUCACUCUUCAUCUAUUACCGAGUCAUUCAAUAACUGGAUUCUUGAGUUCAAAAAGCUGCCUGCUUUUGCUCUUCUCGAUGCGAUACGUUUGAAGGUUAUGCAGAUGAAUUCUAAGAGAAUGGUAGAAGGUCUUGAAAAUUUUAACACUAGGCUCACUCUCGUAUACGAGGAUUUACUAAACGAGAACAUCAACAUUGGUCGUACUUGGACUGUUGUUGAGUCUAUGGAAAGAUUGUAUGAAGUCAGGUGGAAAGUAAAUGGUUUUCCCUGCGCACAUGCUUGUGCUGCCAUUCAAUCUACAAGGGAGGACAUCUAUUCAUUUGUUGAGCCAUACUUCACCACUGAAUGGUACAACAGGACAUACCAAGAGAUCAUCUUGCCAAUCCCAAAUUAUGACAAGCCGCAGUCUUAUGAUUCUAGUGAUAGGAUUAUUGUUCCUAUUCAUGUGCUCCACCCGGUAGACGAAGAGAACAUCGUUUCAAGAAGGAUUGGGAAAAGAAAAAGAUGCAUAUGA